AUGGGUUCGCUCUGUAUCAAGGAAGGAUCGGUGAAAAGCAAAAACGUUUCAAAGCAGGAGAAAGAUGAUCAUACAAUGGAAAAUAACAAUAUAAAUUCGGAAACAACAAAAGUUGAGAGUAAAAUGAAUGAAGAAAAAGCAAUUAAGGAAAAUACAAUGCCUCGAACGGAGUUGAGCAAUUUGAAAAAGUUUUCAAAGGAGGAGGUAGAAAACAGUGAGACCUUGAUGAUGGUGGAUGGUUAUGUGGUUGAGACUGCGGGUUUCCAAGAAGAGCAUCCGGGCGGAAAACGAGCAAUCGAACAAUAUCGCAAAAAAGAUGCAACAUUGAUGUUCAUGUCUUCCCACAGCCACUAUGGAGCAGAAAAGCUCAUGGAAUUGGUGGUGGGUCAAAUUGAUGGAUAUCCAAAUGUGGGAGAGAAGGUCAAACAAUUGUUGUAA